AUGGCAUCGCAAUUAAUGCCCUUGGAAUUGGUCGACAAGUGUAUCGGAUCGAGAAUUCAUAUCAUCAUGAGAAAUGACAAGGAAAUCGUCGGAACCCUGCUUGGAUUUGAUGAGUUCGUCAAUAUGGUGCUUGAAGAUGUGACAGAAUACGAGGCUACUUCCGACGGAAAGAAGAUCACCAAACUCGAGCAAAUCCUCCUCAACGGAAACAACAUCACAAUGCUUGUUCCUGGCGGAGAAGGUCCCGAAGAAACUGCCUAA